GUCGCUGCCGCCGCUUCCCUCUCCGCCGCGACGCAGCCAGGAAGUCGGUCAACACGUCGGUCCUGCUGUUGCCUCUCCUCCCCCCCUUCCUCUCCGCCCAUCGCCCUCCUCUCCUCUCCUCUCUCUCGACAUCUCACCCCCGCCAUCUACUCGUGUACCACUCCACGCGCCGCCGCGGAGCAUUGAACCCAGCAUCUUCGCCCAUUGUCGCUCAUUUGCGCGUCCGUCUCAUCUAUAGCACUCUCCACCCAUACACACUGCCCAUUGAUCUCUCCGACAACGACAUACAACAUUGACCAGGACAGCACCCAUCGCCUGGGCACGUCGUUCUGAUUGGGACGACCCAAAAAAGUUUUGCCCAGCAUGUCACCCCAGCAGAUCAGCAACCACACCGUGUACCUGCUCCCUCUUAAAGACGAUGGAUCUCCAGACCUGCCUGGCUCGCAGCCAUAUAUAUACCUCGCGCCACCCACGAAGCCGGCCUACAGCAUUCGCUUUCAGAUCGAAGGAACGAGCUCAAUAUGCAGAGAAGGAAGCCUUUGGGUCAACAUUCCUGCCAAGGGACAGCCUUUUGAUCGGAACAAGUUCCAUGAGUACAAGCUGAAUCCAAGCUUCACCGAGUCCAUCCAGAUCGAUGUCCCCGUCCACACAGCUGGCGCAUUCGAAUUCUACUGCUCGUACACACCUCUGCCACCAUUCUCGACCGGCAAAGUUGACACCCCCAAACCAACGCGGACAGAAACGCACUUCAUCGAUGUCUCACCACACCUCGAAGUCGACAAGGCACCUCUUCCGCUCGAUGCCAUCUCCAUCAUUUCGGUGCUGUCCAAGUUCAUGGGCAAGUACCCGCAUGAUUUCCACCGACAUCUGCGCGGUAUCAGCGAAAGAGGCUACAAUAUGGUGCAUUUCACACCUCUCAUGGAGCGUGGAGAGAGCAAUUCGCCAUACUCCAUCUACGAUCAGCACACCUUCGACAAGGCUAUCUUCCCUCGAGGCGAGGCAGACAUCGCGGAGAUGGUCGAGAAGAUGGAGCAGGAUUACGGCCUUCUUAGUCUGACGGACGUUGUGUGGAAUCACACCGCCAACAACAGCAAAUGGCUGGAAGAGCAUCCGGAGUCGGGCUACAAUAUCAAUACAGCACCGCAUCUUCGGGCUGCCUACGAGCUGGACAGCGCUCUGUUGGACUACUCCUCAAAACUGGCAUCCCUUGGCUUGCCCACGCAUUUGACCGGCGAGGCUGAUCUGGUCAAGGUGAUGGAGGGUAUCAAGACUCACGUAUUUGGCUCACUCAAACUGUGGGAGUUUUACGUCUGUGACGCGGAGAAGAAUGCUCAGGCAAUCACUUCUGCGUGGAUGGAAGGCCAGAUCGACACCAGUGUCAACGUGCCAGAGGAUGCUCGAUCGUGGUCGCUUGGAGACAAGGUCGAAUGGCUUCGCAAGCACGCUUGCCCUGGCAUUGACCGUAUGGGAGAGCGAUUCCGCCGCAACGUCGCUCCUGGAAAAGGUGCUGCUUUCCUUCAGGCUCUUUAUGGCAAGUUCGAUCAGCACCAGAACAGCGCGGUCGAUGAGCGCACUGCAUACGCCGCCAUAAUCAGCCUUCUGCACGGCCUCAAUGUCGAUUGGUACAAGGAGCACGACAACGACAAGGCGGCACAGCUGGAGCAAAUCUUCAACCGGACCAAGUAUAUGAGGCUUGAUCCGAAUGGGCCAAAGAUUGGCGACAUCACAAUUGAGCAUCCGCUCAUCGAGUCCUACUUUACUCGUCUGCCAUGGAACGAGACUACGAAACAGCACGAUCCAGACUCGCUCGCGCUGGCCAACAAUGGAUGGGUAUGGGCUGCAGAUGUCAUGCGUGACAAUGCUGGGCCCAAGUCCAAGGUCUACCUUCGCCGAGAGCUAAUUGUCUGGGGCGAUUGUGUCAAGCUGCGCUGGGGAGCUGGCCCAAGCGACAGCCCUUUCCUUUGGAAGUUCAUGACAGAGUACACCCAACUCAUGGCCAAGCACUUCCACGGCUUCCGUAUCGACAAUUGCCAUUCAACUCCUCUUCAUGUCGCAUCUGCCAUGCUGGAUGCUGGUCGACAGGUCCAACCAAAUCUGGUCGUUGCUGCGGAGCUGUUCAGUGGCGAUGAACGAAUGGACUUUCUCUACUGCAAGAAACUCGGCAUCAGUUUUCUCAUCCGAGAAGCAAUGCAAGUCUGGUCCACGGCCGAAAUGUCUCGCCUUGUGCACAUCAACUGUGGUCGACCUAUUGGAUCCUUCGAGGUUGAUGACAUUUCUAGUGCAGAUCGUCCAUCAUCUUCAGAUGGAAGUGCGACGAAUGGCAGUGCACCACAAGGCAAGACGAUCAUUCACAAGAUCAUCCCGUCCAAGAUCCACGCCUUGCUCAUGGACUGCACCCAUGACAACGAGACCCCAGUCCAACGACGGGACGGCCGCGAUACUCUACCGAACUCUGCCCUCGUAGCCAUGUGCGCCUCCGCGUCUGGAUCUGUCUUUGGCAUGGACGAACUGUACCCAGCCUUGAUCGAGCUUGUGCAUGAGAAGCGACAGUACACGUCUCCCUACAGCAACCUGCAAGAAGGUCAAAACAUGAAGAUCGGGCCAAGCGAAGGUACUGGUGGCAUCAAACGUCUCAUGAACCAAUUGCAUGUCAUCAUGGGCAAGGACGGGUACGAUGAGACUUUCAUCCACCACGACGGCGAGUACAUCACAGUUCACCGCAUUCACCCCAAGUCUCGCAAAGGUUACUAUUUGAUUGCACACACAGCGUUCCCUGGCUACGGCAACGGCAAUGCUGGCUUUGGACCGCAAACUCUUACUGGGACGAAGGCGAGACUGCUUGGCGCAUGGAAACUCGAGGUCGACCAAAGUCACGAUGCUAAACAAGCGGCACUCAACGACAAGGUCCUGCGUGGUAUUCCCAGCAAGACCAAAGACCUCAGGGGUGUCAACGUCGAAUCUCGCGGCGACGAUACUGUCAUCGCUGUCCCCGGCGACUUCCCACCAGGCUCAAUUGCGGUGUUUGAGACAUGGAUUCCUGGAGCAGAGCACAGCGAAGGACUCGACAAGUACCUGACAUCUGGCGCUCGACAAGCCUUUGCAAAUGUCAACCUCAACGACAUCAACGCCAUCCUGUACCGCUGCGACUCUGAGGAGCGUACUAUGUCCAAGGGCGCUGACGGCGUGUACGCUAUCCCCGGUCACGGCAGUUUGGUGUACUGCGGUCUGCAAGGCUGGUAUUCGAUUCUUCGGGAUGUGAUUGCCAACAACGACCUCGGCCAUCCUAUCUGCAAUCACCUUCGUGAAGGUCAAUGGGCGCUGGACUACCUCGUCAACCGUUUGGAAAAGCUUGCGCAGCGCAAAGAUGGCAUCUACAAGGGCGUCACUCCUGUCGCCGAUUGGCUCAAGUCACGUUUCGAUGCCAUCCGCAACGUCCCAAGCUUUCUGCUCCCACGCUGCUUCGCGCUGGUCAUCCGCACUGCGAAGAAAGCAGCACACGAGCGCGCGAUUGAACAGAUGCAUCCGAACAUCCAGCACGGUCAGCGCUUCCUCAAGUCUCUGGCCAUGGUAUCCUGCCAAGUUCAGGGCUACAUGGACAAUGCGAAGCUGUGGCCUGACAAGCUCGACCCGGCGAUGGCCGCCGGUCUCCCUCACUUUGCUCAAGACUGGGCUCGUGUUUGGGGACGAGACACCAUGAUUGCGAUGCGUGGUCUGCUCACCUGUACUAGUCGUUAUGCAGAGGCGAAAGAGCACUUGUACUCUUUCGGCAGCUUGGUCAAGCACGGCAUGAUUCCCAAUUUGCACAACUCUGGCACCCUCCCGCGGUACAACAGUCGAGACUCGGUCUGGUUCUUCCUACAAAACAUUCAGGACUACAUUGCCAUGGCACCUGAAGGUGAUAGUCUCCUCCAAGAAAGCGUACGUCGUCGUUUCUUGCCUUACGAUGACACUUUCUUCCCUUGGAACGACCCACGGGCGUACUCCAAGAACAGCACAUUCGAGGAGAUCAUUCAAGAAAUUCUUCAACGUCAUGCUUCAGGCAUGCAUUUCCGGGAGUACAACGCCGGCUCGGACUUGGACAGUCAGAUGAAGUCGGAAGGUUUCAACAUCGACAUUGAACCAGACUGGUCAAAUGGUAUCAUCUACGGCGGUAACGAGUGGAAUUGCGGUACCUGGAUGGACAAGAUGGGCGAGUCUACCAAGGCUGGCAACAAAGGCCAUCCUGGUUCUUCUCGUGACGGUGCACCAGUGGAGAUAACCGGUCUACUGUACAGUGCACUUCGCUGGGUCGAUGGGUUGCACAAGGCCGGCAAGUUCAAGUUCGAUGGUGUGAAGAAGGCAGAUGGUACGCUGAUCAGCCACGGAGAAUGGGCUGCGCUCAUCCAGAAGAACUUUGAGCAUGCUUACUAUAUUCCUUUCGACCCGUCCGAAUGGGAGAACUACGACAUCAACCCCAAGAUCGUCAAUCGCAAGGGAAUCUACAAGGACGUUCAUCGUGGAACCAAAGAAUAUCGGCAAUACCAGCUUCGGCCCAACUUCCCCAUCGCCAUGGUUGUUGCACCCGAACUUUUCGACCCUGCUCACGCUCUGGGCGCGCUCGAGAUUGCCGACAAGAACCUUCGUGGCCCUACUGGAAUGGCAACUCUCGACCCAGCCGACAUGGAGUACCAUCCCGACUACAUCAACUCGGAUGACAGUGACAACUAUCAGACCGCACAUGGACGCAACUACCACCAAGGGCCUGAAUGGUUGUGGCCUACUGGGUUCUUCCUUCGCGCUCUGCUGUACUUCGAUCUGAAGCGUCGCACUACGAAAGAAGGACGCGUCGAAUCCUUCCAACAAGUCACUCAGCGUCUGAAGGGCAUGAAGGAGAUGAUCAACAACAGCCCGUGGAGAGGUCUCACUGAGCUUACCAAUCGCAAUGGCUCUUUCUGCGGCGAUUCGUGCCCUACUCAAGCUUGGUCAGCUAGUUGCAUAGUAGACCUCUACCACGAUGCGAGCAAAUUCGGCAUGGAGUCGCAGUAGCUUGCUCCUCCAGCGACAGGCUACCUGACUGAGAAAGUCUUCCGAGUGGCAACUGGCCUCGCAAGCAAGGCGCAUGUGGCUAUCGUGAGCGCAUCCUAAGAGUUCCUGACAGAGUUGUUCGCCUGCAGCGAGAGGGCUCUGGAGGCAAAAGUUCUACCUUGUUCAAUUGUACAGUGUGCGGUGGAGAGAGCGCAAAGCUCUUGACCUAAUUAGAUGAUCAAAAUACCCUGAAAAAUAGAAUCGUAUUGAUAUCCCUAC